UUUAAAAAUUAACAUCAAUCUUUUUUUUUUUGUCCUUUUUUUUCUCCUGCGAUGGGUCAACGCCUGAGCGAGGACGGCGACCCCGACAAGGAAAUGGACGUGGCCGAGCUGCAGGAAUGGUACAAAAAGUUUGUGGUUGAAUGUCCCAGUGGAACGCUGUUCAUGCACGAGUUCAAGAGCUUCUUUGGUGUCACUCACAACAAGGAGGCGGCAGAUUACAUAGAGAACAUGUUCCGAGCCUUCGACAAGAACGGAGACAACACCAUCGAUUUCCUGGAGUACGUCGCAGCCCUGAACUUAGUGCUGAGGGGUAAACUGGAGCACAAGCUCAAAUGGACCUUCAAAAUGUACGACAAAGACGGAAGCGGGUGCAUCGAUAAAACUGAGCUCCUCGAAAUCGUGGAGUCCAUAUAUCGACUGAAGAAGGCCUGUCACGGAGAGCUGGACGAGGAGUGCAAUCUGUUGACCCCGGACCAAGUGGUGGACCGGAUAUUUGAGCUGGUUGAUGAAAAUGGAGACGGAGAGCUGUCACUGGACGAGUUCAUCGAUGGAGCACGCAGGGACAAGUGGGUGAUGAAGAUGCUGCAGAUGGACGUCAACCCUGGAGACUGGCUAAACGAGCGCAGACGCAGCGCUAACUUCUGACGCUGUGACAUCAACUGCAGUCUAACCAGCCACGCUGUCUUUUUACUGUUUUGUUAUAACACAGUGUGUACGGCAGGGGUUUUCAACCUACGGGUUGGGGACCAGUACCGGGCUGCAGAGGAAGAAUUGAUUUCUUUUAAAAAUGUAUGUUUAGUUUUAUAUCAAAUUAAAUACAUGAUGCACAGUACUGUGUUGUGUUAUGACCUCCCCACACUUUACCCAACUGUUGUAUGAAGUUUUACUCCCG